UCAAAUUCAACAACAAAUAUUAAUGAAGCUGGUAAGAAGCCUAAAAAGACACAUUCUUGUCCUUUAUGUGCUGCCGUUUUCCAAAGACCUGAACAUGUUAAACGUCACAUGAGAUCUCAUUCAAGUGAAAAACCUUAUGAAUGUGAUGAACCAAAUUGUGGUAAAAGAUUCAAUAGAGGUGAUAACUUAAAGGCUCAUUUGAGAAAGAUUCAUCAUCGU